AUCGAAUAUCCAACCAACUUCACGCCGGUAUAUUGUACCAGUGCGGUGGAAUAAACCUGUCCUAAUUUUCUAAUUCCUCAAUUUUGAUUUUUUGCAUCUUCGGACCACUUCUUAGCAGGUGGAUGACAAGAACAGACGAGCGUGAUGGAGAUGCUGAAUAAAUUGAAAAGUACGGUUGGUGGGUUUAUCGGGAACCCAGUGAUGAGAGAAUAUGAGGUCAUUCGGCAUGUCGGUAGCGGCGGUCCCGGGUGUUUGUGGAAGAUCUAUCUUGCUGUCAAAAGAUCAACGAAACAGGAAGCAGGUGUAUUUGUAUUCGAGAAGAAACUCCUGGAAAGAUUUGCCAAAAAGGAUAGAGAACCAUUGUUAGAGAUCUUACGUAAGGGUUCAACCCAGUUGACCAGGCUAAGACAUCCGUGUGUGCUUACGGUUCAACAUCCAUUGGAAGAAACAAGAGAAAGCCUGGCGUUUGCUACAGAGCCUGUCUUUGCCAGCCUAGCCAAUAUAUUAGGUUGCCAUGACAACAUGCCGACGCCCAUACCACCGGACAUUGGAGAACACAAGUUGUUUGAAGUCGAGAUCAAAUAUGGCCUUCUACAGUUAACAGAUGCCUUGAAGUUUCUUCAUAAUGAUGUUCAUAUGGUCCAUGGUAAUAUUUCACCGGCGAGUAUUAUCUUGAAUGGUAAUGGAGCCUGGAAGCUAGCUGGAUUUGACUUUGUUAUUCCUUCCUCAUCACCACCUGAUCAACCAGCUAGUUUCCCUUCACGUGAACUUAUGAACAAUAUCUCAGCAUUGCUUCAGCCAGACUUGAACUACUUAGCUCCGGAGUACCAGUUAACACAGAGCUGUGAUACGUCCAGUGAUAUGUUCAGUCUUGGUAUGUUAAUGUACUCCGUGAUCAACAACGGCAAACUCUUCCAUGAUUGCAACGAGAAUCUUGCCACAUUUAAACAGAAAUCUGAACAGUUGCGAAGUCUGAAUAUAUCUUUAUUAUCAAGCCUUCCUGAUGGUUUGAAAGAGUAUGUGAAGAUGUUACUAAGUACCACACCAACCAUCAGACCGGACGCUGAUCAACUAGGCAAGAUUCCAUAUUUUGACGACGUUGGUGCCAUGACUCUCCAGUACGUUGACUCAUUGUUUCAACAAGAAAGCAAACAGAAAGCUCAAUUCUUCAAAGGUCUUCCAAAAGUAAUCUCAACUCUUCCCAAGAGGGUUGUUCAGCAGAGAAUACUACCAUGCUUGUGUAAGGAGUUCAUGAAUCCUGACAUGGUGCCGUUUGUCUUACCCAAUGUACUCCUCAUCGCCGAACAAUGCACCGAUCAGGAGUAUGUGAAGCUGGUCUUACCGAGCCUAAAGAAUGUCUUCAAGAUGCAAGAACCUGUUCAGAUUUUACUGAUCUUCAUGCAACGGAUGACCCUUCUACUCACCAAGACGCCCUCUGAUGACAUCAAGAAUCAUGUUCUACCCAUGGUGUAUAGAGCUUUAGAAUCGUCUUCUGCUCAGAUACAGGAACUAUGUUUAAAUAUUCUACCUACAUUUGCUGGGAUGAUAGAGUAUAACUCCAUCAAACAUUCCAUAGUCCCACGAAUGAAGAAACUUUGCUUGGAGACAUCUCUACUGGCGGUUCGUGUGGGAUGUCUGGUUAGCCUGGGAAAGAUGCUAGAGCACAUGGAUAAAUGGUUUGUCCUUGAUGACAUCAUACCACUCCUUCUACAAAUACCUUCAAGGGAGCCGGCUGUUCUUAUGGGGAUCCUAGGUAUCAUCAAAGUGGCUAUGACCCAUAAGAAGCUGGGAAUCAGCAAGGAUGUCGCUGCCACUAAGUUACUUCCAUUCCUCUUCCCGCUCUCCAUUGAUAAUAACCUCAAUCUAAAUCAGUUUAACGCAUACAUGUCAGUGAUAAGAGACCUCAUCAAAUUGGUUGAGAAGGAACAAAGGGUCAAACUGGAACAACUCAAUGCUUUACAAGAAGAACAAAAGACAUCAGUGGAAUUUGCCCAGAAGCUACAAACCAGUCAAGGAGAUGGAGAUGUUCCAUUGUCAUCGAGAGGGGAGAGCAAUACUUCUGGAGGGACAGGAAUUGACCAGAUGUUUGGUUUGGACAGUCACACUAACGGAAAGAGCAGCCCUGUGAUCGAGAAACAGUCCCUAUCCAGCCAAGCGAACAGCUCCUCCAGCAAGAGACCGGAACCUGUUCCUGUACGUCCGUCCCAGGUCUCCCUGAGCCUGGAGGAGAAACAACGGCUUCAGAAGGAGCAGGAAUUCCAACAGAGAUUGAAGAAUCAGAAGGCGAUCCAGCCUGAAGAUGCCGUGAAGCAACCGUCAAGGUCUACUGCCAAGGAUCUGACGGGGUCACUGAUGGAUUCCAGGAGUAAGGGUCAAGGCCAGGCUGCGGGAGUGGAGAGUGUGGGUAUGGGCACCAGGACAGGUGGAAGUGGCAAUACUGGUCUUCUCUCAAGCGGGAUUAGCAGCAUGAACAGUUCACCUUACUCACCAUCGGGUACUGUGUCUGCAGGGAGUGUCGUUGGGACAGGGGGAAUGGGCCUUUCAAAUUCUUCCUUUCUCUCGCAGCCGGUCGGUAACGUGCCACAGAAGGUUCCUCAAAUGGGCCAACCGUCUCAAGCGAAAAAGAACAUUGACAUGUCAGCGUUCGAUUCCCUCCUAGCGCCGUCCCAGUCGCAGAAGUCCAAUAGGACGCUCAAUCAAAUGUCUUCGGCGAAUUCCCCACACCCCGCUAACCCUCCAAUGGGGCAGAACUCUUUCCAGAGAUCUCAAGUUGGCAUGGCCCAGGCGGCAUUUGGUCAGGGGUCGCAGGGAGGCAUGGGUCAGGGGUCAUUCGGAAAUAUGAAUCAUCAAGGACAGGGUGCCUUCGGACAGCAAGGCAUGAUGGGAAAUUACGGCCGAGGUUCUACGGGCACAGGUCAGAGGUCGUUGCCGAGGUCAAACGUGCAGCAACAAGGAACGGGAAUGGCUGCAGGAUUUGAUCCGUUUGCCAGCACCGGUGCAACGAGUCAACAGAAGCAGAAGGCUGUUGGUGGGGACAACCUACUUGAUUUCCUAGGAUAGCUGCAGUACCGUAAGGGCACUAGUAUUCAACCCGGCAUAAUUGAAAGAUUUUGACAUAUUCCCCAAAAUACUUAGAAAUAUGGAAUCUAUCUUGAUUUCAUACCUUUGUUAUUUCCAGGGUAAUCUGUUGUCGGUAUUUUCUUCUUUCAAUCUGUCGACUAUACGCGGAG